GAGAGCGAGCAAACCCCUAACGAGACAGCCGCCACUCCGGGGGUACUCCCCAGCCUUCUCCAGCGACCUUGCGCGGGAGCGCGUGCUCCCCCCACGCGCAGUCAGGCGCUCCUGGCUUCACGGAACCGGGCUUCCCAGUGAGGUAGACCGGGAGACUUCCUGUUCCCGCGCUCAGGUUGGGGGCUUCCGCUUCCUGUUCUUGCUGGGCUUCCGAGGGCUCUGAAUGGACCGGCCAGUCUAGGGUGAGGAGGCAGCAGUACCAUGCUGAGCCAUUCUGGAUCCCAAGGCCAAAGGAAAAACUAGUAAUUCUGCUCCUGUGACUUAAAUUUGCCAGAUAUUGAAGGUUAUUGCUGGUAACUGGGCCAGAAAUGCAAAGACAAGAAGGCAAUUCUUCAGACAGUCAUCAUGGGUAUCCGAGGACUAAUGAGUUUUGUGGAAGAUCAUAGUAAUGAGUUCUUCACAGAUUUGAAGUUGAGAGACACAAAAAUUAUUAUUGAUGGCUAUGCUCUCUUCCACCGGCUUUGCUUCAACUCAAACUUGGAGCUCCGGUAUGGAGGGGACUAUGAUUCUUUUGCAGAUGUUGUACACAGUUUCUUUGAAUCACUGUUUUCUUGUAAUAUAUGUCCAUAUGUUGUACUAGACGGAGGAUGUGACAUUUCCGAUAAAAAGCUUACAACUUUGAAGGAUCGAGCUAGAGAGAAGAUCCAGAUGGCCCAUUCCCUUUCUGUUGGUGGGGGUGGGUAUGUAUGUCCCUUGCUCAUCCGGGAAGUGUUUAUACAGGUUUUGAUCAAGCUGCAGGUGUGUUUUGUCCAAUGCUUUUCAGAAGCAGAUCGGGACAUUAUGACACUGGCUAAUCACUGGAAUUGCCCUGUGUUAUCGUCGGAUAGUGACUUUUGCAUUUUCGACCUGAAAGCUGGGUUUUGCCCAUUGAAUAGCUUUCAGUGGAGAAAUCUGAACACUAUUAAGGGCACACGAGACUUCUAUAUCCCUGCCAAAUGCUUUUCCCUUGAUGCACUCUGCCAUUACUUCAGCAAUAUGAAUAAAGCACUUCUACCUCUCUUUGCGGUGCUAUGUGGAAAUGACUAUAUUAAUCUGCCCAUCAUGGAGACAUUCUUAAGUAAAGCACGUCUUCCUCUUGGAGGUGCCAGUUCUAAGGGGAGGAGACACCACCGGGUUCUGGGACUUCUGAAUUGGUUGUCUCGUUUUGCUGAGCCUACUGAAGCACUAGAUGAUGUUCUGAAAUAUCUCCCCAAAAAAGAUCGAGAAAAUGUUAAGGAACUACUCUGCUAUUCCAUGGAAGAAUACCAGCAGUCCCCGGUGAAGCUGCAGGACUUCUUCCAGAGUGGUACUUAUGCCUGUCCAGAGGCCUUGGAUCUGGGUUUACCAGCCUGGGUCCUAGAGGCUCUGGCCAAAGGUGAGCUCUCUCCUUUCAUCAGCGAUGCUUUGGUGCUAAGACGGACCAUUCUUCACACACAGGUGGAAAACAUGCAGCAACCGAGUGCCCACAGAAUAUCUCUGCCCAUCCGGCAAAUCAUUUAUGGGCUUCUUUUGAAUGUUUCUCGACAUCUGGAAAAUGUGUCCUUGAAUGCAUCACCUGCUCGGCCUGUAGCUUUCAGUGAAGUGGAAAGGAUUAAUAAAAAUAUCAAAACAUCAACUGUCGAUGCAGUAGAACUGCCCCAGGAUAGUUCUGACUUAAGCAAGUUGACUGAGCUCUCCCUGGCCAGACGGCAGGCACUCCUGUUAGAAACGUUAAAGGUGAAACAGACCAUCCUGGACCCAGUCCCUGCUUCUUUGAAGUUGCCCAUUGCUGUCAGUUGCUACUGGUUGCAGCACAUGGAGGCCAAGGCGAAAGUGCAUCAUCUACAAGCCUUGCUGCUGGGCAUGCUGGCGGGGCCCUUGCACGCCAUAACCAACAGCGCUGGAAAGGAAGAUCUGCGGGAGGAAGGUGCUAAGAGGCUGAGUGAGGAGUUCCAAAGAGUGAAGGAGCAGGCGCGGCCAGGCACGAGACUGGACCUAGACACGGCGCACGUCUUCUGUCAGUGGCAGUGCUGUCUGCAGAUGGGGGUGUACCUCAAUCAGCUGCUGUCCACUCCGCUCCCAGAGCCAGACCUAACUCGCUUGUACAGUGGAAGCCUGGUGCAUGGACUGUGCCGGCAACUGCUAACAUCGACCUCGGCAGAAAGUCUCCUGAGCAUGUGUCCUGCAGCAAAACAACUUUAUGAACAUCUGUUCAAUGCCACAAAGGCAUACGCCACCACUGAAUUAUUCCUACCUAAGAGUAAAUCUAAUUCAAAAAAGAAAAGGCAAAAGAAACAAGGUACCAGCCAGUCAAAGAGCAGAGUGGGAACCACUUCAAACAAUAGAUGUUGGUAUGAGGGAAGCAAUCGCUUUGGGGUAUUAAUGGUUGAAAACAUGGAAGAACAUAUUGAGGCCUCAAAACUUGAGUAAACUGUCUGCAAGCAGAAGUAUGAAAUUUUGUCUUAAAAAUUUUUUGUUAUCUGCCUUGAAAUAACUAUUUUCUGUAGAACUGACCAGUUAGGGGAUAAACAUUACAACAGGUAAUCUUUGAAUUCCCAGAUAUUUUGUAUCUUGCUUUUAAUAAAUACAACCUGAUUUAAGAAACUUCUGUAUUCCUCACACACAUUUGAAAGCAUAUUUGUACUUCUGUUUCAUUUCAGUAAGUUAAUAAUAAAUAGCCUACUGAUAACCUUUAAAUUGUAGCAACUCAGCCAGCUAUGUUUUCAAAAAGAAGCCCUACCUCAAUUAUUUCCAAUAAGCAGAAGCUGGGUUGUUUUUUUUUUUAAUGUUUUAGCAACUGUUCCCUAUUCAUGGGCCUUGGGAAACAGAAGUCAGGAUGCCGCACAGAAAACGACACACCUUUAAAUACUUAGUAAAGGAGGCCAUAGCAGGUUGAUGAGCACUUUAGAUACGCUCCAGGUUUUACAACAGGUUGAAGCCCAAAUGGCUCCAACAGAAUAAGCAGCAGCAUCCUGAGCUGCUAGAUCUGGGAGGAAACACUAAGUAGAAAUUUUAAAAUUAGGCCAUUUCUUAUACUGCAGGUUUUGACCUAUUUAUGGGAUGUGAAGUAAAUGAGCCAUAACCAGCAUUUUUAAUGGAAAAUAUCAGAUAGGCAUAUUACAUAUUAGAUGGUUGUGCAAAACAGAUGUCUUACUGUGGACUGCAGUCAAAAGACUUUGAAAGCCACUUCUCUGGAACACACUAGAAGCAGCUAAAAUUCCAAGCACCAGCAGAACUGUGAAGGUGCUGGCCAGUUCCAAAUAAAGAACUUGAAAAUAAAAAAGGAAGAGGAUGAAUACAUUUGGGCAAGCGUUCAAAGUAUAGUCUGACCUUAAUCUAUAUUCAUACAAAUUGUAUUAGUCCUUUCUUCUCUACUCACUGUUAUAUUCCAUGAGUAAUAACCCCUAAAUAUGCUUUGAAACUGCCAUUUUGAACAGGCCCAUAUUCAGUCCCCAAAAUCUGGCAAUUCUCUCCAGUUUCCUAGCAGCACCACCCUCACUCUUAGAAGAGAGUAAGCCCCGCAUCAGCCAGUGUUACACAUACACCUCUCAAGUGCUAACUGGCUUCAGCCACUUCCAAAAGGCAAAAACACAAUCUCAUUUGCUCCUAAAGUUUCAACCUAAA